AUGAGUAGUAUCGUUAAGAAGUCUACUCACUUCACCCCCAAGCUCCGCAAGAAGCCCAUCAAGAAGAAGGUCGAGAAACCCCAACUCACGCCUCCUGCCACCCAGGAGAAGCCACAGAUCCAGGAUCCCCAUGCUUCUGUCGAAAACACGUCCGCUUCUCCCCAAACUGCGCUCUCGCCAGCCCCAACCCAGUUGGCGGUGUCUGAAGCACCAACAGCACCCACUCCUGAACCCACGCAGGCCGAGCCGUUGGCCAACGAGCCAACAAAGGCUGAUGCCGCUGCGCUGUCGCCGUUGAAGGCGUUCAACUUCAAGGUAGUUCCAGCGCAGGCAGAAGCUGACGUCGUGGACCCCAGAGACUCGUCCCAGAAGUUGGACCGCCCAGACUCCGGCAGUGACCACUCCGACCUCGACCUUGACAUCUUCAAGGAACUCCCCAGAAGAAAAUCGGUUCAGCAACGCAGGUUAUCCGGUAUAGCCCCCAUUUUGAACAGAAAUAGGUCCACCUCCAUCUCGUUGGCCAGCGGAGGCGCUAUAGCACCAGACGCCUCCGAAGACUAUACUCCAGCCAAGAUCGGAAUUCCUCUGGCCAAGGCCGUCAAAAGGAGAAGAUCCCUGGCCCAAACCAGAACCUCCACCAAGCGGGCAUCGGUGAUAAGAGCCGCCUCCAUCUCGAUACCUAAGGAGCCUUCGCCCGUGCCAGAAGAGGCUCAAUCUGGUAUCACUUCCUCUGUCAAAAUUCCCAUCAAGGAAGGUGACGGUGAAUUCGUAGUGGGUAUUGAUCCAGAGACUGCGCGGUUGUCCAAGUUUAGAGUCAGACCUGCCCUGGAAGGUGCAGAUGAAAAUACCUAUGAAAUUGCCCCCGACACCUUGAUCACCAACAUCACCAGCGUCAAGCAACUCCCAAGAUCAGUUAAGGGUGAGGAUGAAGAGUUGUAUCGUGAUAUUGGCUUCGAUAUCAACAAAAUGACCAUGGCCGACUUGUGCAAGCCAACAUUGCCCAUUGGCCAGGUCAGCUCGAAUUAUGAAUCAGUUAUGGCUGCCGAAGAGAAGAUCAAACAGAAAAAGCUGGAGAGAAGAGCCCAUCGUGAAUUGGCCAGAGUCGAAAGGGUUCCCUUGGAAGAAAUACUUGCUAGAAACGGUGAGGUUGAUGAUAUUGAAGCAAUGAAGAAGAAGAGAGACGAGCUUUUGAAUACAGAUGCCCCAGAACAAUCGCAUUCCACCAAUUUGCAACUUUUGCUUGUGGAUGGUGUUAUCAAUUACGAUCUCGAUUCCGCUAUUGUCAGUAGACAUAAGGGUGUGGACAACAGUCACUUGACUCGUGAAGAGGCCAAUCCUUUCGAGAAUCCAAUCACUUCAUCGUCAUAUUCCAAGAGAAAGCACACUGAUCGUUGGACCGAAGAUGAGGUUAAGCAAUUCUAUUCUGCGUUGAGUACGUUCGGCACUGAUUUCUUGUUGAUUUCGCAAUUGUUUCCAUACCGUACUAGAAAGCAAAUCAAGCUGAAAUUCAAUUUGGAGGAAAAGAACUAUCCAGAAAUUGUGGAAAUGGCGUUGAAAAGAAAGCUUCCAGCCGACUUUGCAGAAUAUUGCGAAGCUUCCAAACACAACAUCAAGAGUUUGGAGUACUACAACGAGAAAUUGCGUGAGGUGCGGAUCGCCCACGAGGCAGAAUUGGCUGCUAUGGCAUUGGAGCGUGAAAAGGCCAUGAAGGAUGACGCCGAGAAGAACAGACAGCGUGAAAUCGAGUUCAGAACCGGUGCCAAGUCCAUGACCAGAGCGGAAAAGAUCAAGGAGUUGAGAAAGAACGAAAUGGUGGUGGGUUCCAUCGCGGAAAGGCCCCAGCCGGAAGAUACGAAGCCUAUCAUUUAA